AAGAUGGAGGUGGGCAGCGCUUCAUGACGCAGGAAUAUCCUUGAAAGGAUGCUUCAAAACUCCAGACGGGAGCCAAGCAGCGCGUGUUUCUGAGCUGGAGCUGAACGGAUCUAUGAAUCUGCCCGGACUAAGCACUGGGGCACAUCUUGAUUCUGCAGAACAAAACCCAGAUCUGAGAAGCGUUCUAGUUUUGCCUGCUCAUUGGAAACAUUCAACCAGGGCUGUCUGCAGCUCAGUGCGCUACUGAGGGGGAGCCAAUUUGGAGAGGGAAGCGUUUAGAGAACACCUCUCAAGCGCUGAUUGGUUUUUGUCUGAGGCUAAACUUUCAAAGCGGCGCCAUGUCACCGUUCAUUGAGCCUUUUCUGUUCUUUUUGGUCAUCUUCAAUCCACUUAUCACCAACUGUUUCACUGAAGAAAUUGAGGUUUUGGUGUUUUUGCCACAAAAUGACUCUUUCCUGUUUUCUCAUGCAAGAGUUGCACCAGCGAUCCGUUACGCACAGGACAGACUGAAGGCAGAAUAUCCAGGUUUCCACUUCAACAUUCACUUUGAGAACUCCGACUCGGCCAACCACGCUUUGUACACGUUGGCGGACAGGUCGUGUAACCUGAAGCCGGACCUUAUCCUCGGUCCAGUACGUGAGUACGAGGCGGCAGGUGUGGUGAGGCUGGCAUCCCACUGGAAAAUCCCGGUGAUAUCUGCAGGUGCUCUGGCCACCGCCUUCCAGAACAAGGAGACGGAGUACUCUCACCUGACUCGGAUCGCUCCGUCCUACGUUAAAAUGGCAGAGACCUUCACAGCGAUGUUCGAGCACUUCACCUGGAAGAGCGCACUGCUGCUGAUCGAAGACGACAUGAAGGAGCGGGAUUGUUACUUCACUUUGGAAGGAGUCUAUCAUUUAAUGGACGAUUAUAAAGUGGAAGUUGAAAUAAUCCAUGAACAGACUCCUUUCAAUAUUGAAGAAAAAUUCAAGAAUAAUCUGGACAUGGAAGUGGUGAUCAUGUGCGCUGGAGGAGACAGGAUUCGAGAAAUCAUGCUUGCAGCACACAAGCAGCAGCUGACCAAUGGCAGUUAUAUGUUUUUUAAUGUUGAUCUCUUCAAUGCCUCUUCUUAUGGCAAUGGCUCUUGGAAGAGGGAAGAUGAAUUUGACGACGAUGCCAGGCAAGCCUAUGCCUCCCUAAACACAGUGACACUACUCAGAACAGUCAAGCCAGAGUAUGAGAACUUCUCCAUGGAGAUGAAAAGAUCCAUAAAGGGACUUGGCCUUUACGACUGCAAAGACUGUGGAAAUGUUAACAUGUUUGUUGAAGGAUUCCAUGAUGCCAUGGUGCUAUAUUCCAUUGCAUUAUAUGAAGGCAUGAAGAAUGGAUACUCAAAGACAAACGGUACUGAGAUAACCUCACACAUGUGGAACAGAACUUUUGAAGGAAUUGCUGGUCAGGUAUCCAUAGAUGUCAAUGGUGACAGAGUCGGCGAUUUCUCUUUGAUGGCUAUGACCAACAUUGAAGCAGGUAGCUAUGAGGUGGUAGUGAACUACUUUGGGGAAAAUAAAACGUUUCAGCUGUUGCCUGCCUUCAACACUGAUCAUUUCACUCUGAAAAGAAGAAAGGAAGUGCCAAAAAAAGAAAAAGAAGUGGAAAAUCAUUCAUGUGGACUGGGAGUAUCAGCCUUAACUGGAGUUACGGUUGGAGCUGUUCUUGGAGCUCUAAUGCUGAUAGCAUUCUACUUUUUCAGAAAAAACUACAGGAUAACUAUUCAGCGGCGUACACGUGUUGAAGAGCCUGAAUCCAUGAAGCACCAUCAGUUACGAGAGGACUCCAUAAGGUCAAACUUCUCAGCAGCUUAAUUCACAUUAAGGAUGAGUUCCUGACAGAAGAUUAUAUAUGUGAAUGUGGAUAAAGUUUUUACUGUAUUUUUCAGUCCAUAUCCGCUGCAAUUUGACAUUUCUUGUUGUAUUUAGGACAGAUUUACUUCUUAGAACCUGGGACUGUUUUAACAAGCACACACCACAGUCACCUUAGACUUUCCUUAAACACACAAAGAUAAAGUUUGUGAACUGAAGAGUGCUCUAUGAAAAAAAGGUUUUCCUUUUGUGUAUGUGUAUGUGUGUUUUCCAGUGCUCAGGUUUUCAGUUUAUGAUAUUAUUAGAAUUUCUUUCUCUCUCUUAUUCUGGUGUAUUGCUUCUGAAAUAUAUUUUAUAAUUCACAGAUUUAUUCUCUUCAAACUGACUGUUUAUGAAAUUAAAAUUACACUAUCUGUUUCAAACUACAAAAUAUCUAUAUUUAUUUAUUUGUUUAUAGUAAAACUGUAUUAGAACUAACUUGGUUACUUUAUUGUCAUCAAGCAAGGAACAAGUCAUUUCUUUUCUUUUUAUGUUUGCUUUGCUGAUCCAACAGUUAGACAGAUGUCCUAAACUACAGAUACAAGUUAAGACCAAGACCAGCAUUCCGCACUACAUGACACAAUAAAAUUAAGUGUACCUAUCAAAAUUGCUUUUGACAGUGUUGUUCCAUAUAUGCGACACCUCAGUCAACACCUCCCCACAAUAAUUCAGGGCAUGAGUAAAAACUUUUUUUCAUCGCAGAUGCAACAUAUGUGUCUCUGUACAGCUAGCUUUGCUAACAUCACAUAUACAUAACUUACCUUUCUUCAAGCCUCCUUUCCAAAUGGAACUUCCAGAUGGCGGAGAAGCGAGCAACAGCAUAAAUUUUGAGCUCCCAGACAGUCGAGGUACCCCCUGACAAAUAACUUAUAAAACUAUGUUUUUAGUAUUUACAUGUCAUGUCAGGGAGUAACAAGAGGAAUUCAGCAAGAAAACGCAAAAGAAACUCUUGUUUUAUCGAAGGAGGUCUCUGAAGAAAGCAAGGUAGCAGCAGACAAAGCUAUGGAAGUUAACAUUCUUACAGAGCUGAAAGAAGUUCAGAUGAACCUUAAAAAGCAAAUCACUGACUAGUCAGGACUUAUAAAAAAGGAUAUAAAUAAUGAACAGCAUUUUAGGAAAAUUUUGACAUAAUUGAACAGAAUUAUUAUGAAAAUGGACCCAAAUCAAAGAAACUUCUUGCCUGGAGAAUACAUAAACAACAAACUGAUAGAUUUAUACAGAAAAUUAAAAAUCCAAUAGAUAAAACAACAUACCACUUUCCAAGAGACAUUAAAAAAUCUUUUGAAUUAUACUACACUCAACUAUACACACAGCCUCACGCAGUAGACCCGUCCUCAGUGAGAGCAUUUUUUGCCUCACUGGAUUUACCAUUGAUAGGAAUAGAUCAAAAUAAUAGGCUAGCACAACAAAUAACUGAGGAGGAGAUUAAUAAAGCAAUUUCAAAAAUGAAAGGGAAUAAGAUGUCUGGUGAGGAUGGCUACUCAGCAGAGUGGUAUAGACACUUCCGAAAAUGAUUCACUCCUCUGCUUAAGGAUUGCUUUAAUCAUGUACUUAUUCUGUGUUUUUCGUUGAGUCUAUGAGGUGAAGAGCCCAUCUCACGUUGUCAUGGGUUUGCCUGUUGUGAACAAAACCGGUCUGAUCUGCGUUUGUAAUUUCUGGGAUUAUAAAUUCCAGCCUUUUAGCCAGUAUUAUUGCAAAUAUCCAGUAAUCAAUGUUUAAAACUUAUAUUGGUCUGUAUGAACCACAUUCUGUUUUAUCUUUACCUGGCUUAGGAAUCACUGAGAUCAUUGCUCUUCUCCAAGAUGGUGGUGUUCAUGUUCAUGUUCAUGUGCAUGUUCAUGUUCAUGUUCAUGUUCAUGUUCAUGUUCAUGUUCAUGUUCAUGUUCAUGUUCAUGUGCAUGUUCAUGUUCAUGUUCAUGUUCAUGUGCAUGUUCAUGUUCAUGUGCAUGUUCAUGUGCAUGUUCAUGUUCAUGUGCAUGUUCAUGUGCAUGUUCAUGUGCAUGUUCAUGUUCAUGUGCAUGUUCAUGUGCAUGUUCAUGUUCAUGUUCAUGUUCAUGUGCAUGUUCAUGUGCAUGUUCAUGUUCAUGUUCAUGUGCAUGUUCAUGUGCAUGUUCAUGUGCAUGUUCAUGUUCAUGUUCAUGUGCAUGUUCAUGUGCAUGUUCAUGUGCAUGUUCAUGUUCAUGUACAUGUUCAUGUGCAUGUUCAUGUUCAUGUGCAUGUUCAUGUACAUGUUCAUGUGCAUUCAUUU